CCGCGCAACAGCACAGCAUGGCGACCCAGGACGCCAAAGAGAACAUUGCAGACGGGCUGGGUGCUGGUUUGUCUUUCCAAACGCCCUCGGCACCCUCGCCAAAGAAGUCGCGCAAGAGCAAGACGCGCAGCAAGAGCAUCGGGCCUAGUGGGCUCUCGACGCUCGAAGAGAAGCCCUCCGCGCUCAAGGAGAGCAAUGGGAACAGGCGCAAGUCUGCGUUCCCUGCCGUCAAAUCGAUCCUUGUAACCAACGAUAUCGACGAGAAAAAGCGCCGCGAGGCGCGUCGCAAAUCGCUGGCACGGCGACGCGUGUCUUUCAACCCGGAAGCGACACUGCACAGUUGGGAUAUAGUAGCCUAUGCGCACGACGAGACGUCUUCCACAGUAUCCGAUGCGACGCGACGAGCCUCUGCUGUGGCGAAGGAGCCUGCUCAGCCAUCUUCCGACGCCGAAGAGCCGCCCUCUACGCCACCAGAGCGCGUUGAGGAGCCUGAACCCGAAUCCGGAUCCUCCCCUGGCAAUCAGCGUGAUGCACACAGGAAGAAAAAUCGCCGCCGCAGCUCGGGCAUCCCGCCCCUGAACUUCAAUAACCCGGAUGAUAUCCUUUCCUCGAGUCCAUUGAUCGAGAAUACGUCUCCGGUGAAGGAUGCAUUUCAGGACCAAGGCGACGAUACGCAUGGAGAGAACGACUCGCAGAGCAGCGCGCGCCUAGAUGCUGCGCUUCGACAGGCUUCUGAGCUUGCAGGCACCCAAAGACUGAACUUGGACAGUGACGAAGACAUGUCUAUGGUCAUAGCAGAGGACGAUGUUACAGCGUCUUUCAAGCCGUGGGCCAAGAAGAACCAGCAGAUGGAUUUUGAGGACCAGGAAAAGGAGGAUCCGUUUUUCAAGUCAGAUGAGAGUGAAGACGAAGAUAUGAGCAUGGACAUAACACGCGCCGUGGGCAAGAUUGUUGCCCAACAAGAGACCGAAAGCCCCGGGUCAGAUGAUAUGAGCAUGGACCUGACAACAGCCAUCGGCAGCAUCAAGCAAGCUCCCGCUAAAGAGCUACCUAGCCGUAGGAAGAGCCUCAAGCGCCGCGUGUCGAUGCUUGAGCCCUCGCAGGGCAGCCCAGCAAAGCGUUCAUCAAGCCGCAGAACUAGUCUUCGCGCUCAAGCCGUUCCUGAGGAAAUCCCAGCGGAUGACCAGACCAUGGACUUCACCGUAGCUAUUGGAGCCAUCAAGAGCGAGCCUGUGCCGGAUACUCGACCGCCUUCCAAGAGGACUCGCGCAAGUGGGGACAGCUCAUUUGGGGACGAAACAAUGGAUUUCACUAUUGCCGUAGGCAGCAUCAAGGAUGUGAAAGUAACUCCUGAAGAAGGCGCUUCGAAACAGCCGGAGCCGGAAGAAGAAGAUGAAGACGACAUGGAUAUGUCGAUGGAAUUUACGACAGUAGUAGGCCCCGGCAUCAAACGCAUCGUUAAGGCUCCAGAACAGGUCGCGGGAGAGCCUGUGACCAGCCCAACUCCAAACAAGAGGAACGCUCUCACACCCCAAAAAUCACCUAAGAAGUCGCCAGGUCGGCUACUCUAUCCAGACCUAACCGCAGUCCUGUCAGCGACCCCACAGAAGGCACUGAAGAUACCGCCGUCCAAGUCGCCUCGUCAGCCUCGUCGUAGCCUCAAUUUUGCUACUCCUGAGACUAAGCCUGCAAAGCAGCGCAUCGAAGACUUUGAGGCUUCACCAUUUGUACACAGUACGCCGCAGAGUUCGUCAAAGCCCACAGAUAUUGUUUCUACACCUAAGUCACAACCGCGAAAUGCCCCGUUGAUCGUACCGGACGAUCCCAUUGAAGCGCCUAUACUCAAUCGACGACGCUCAUCUCUGUCAAACGUUCAGUUUAGUCCACUCGCCAAAGUAGCAGAAGAGCCAACGCUGCGGAGCGCCGCUAUACUUUCGAACAACAUCAAACUGCUCUCGACACCUAGAAAGCAAACACUUUCUUCUCCCGUCAAGCGAGGAAUGACCCCGAAAAAGUCGCAGACCCCACAGAAAGAGCCAACACCGAAACAGAAGACUCCGACUCCGAAGAAACGAACCCCAAGGAAGAGUAUGAGCCCCAAGAAGAAGGUAGCAUUCGGCGCCGAACCCGAGAUUGAAGACGACGUACCCGAGCAAAGUAUCGAUGAAGAGGUUGACGACGCCGAGCGGAUCUCAUUACAAGACUUCCUGGACCUGACUAGGAUUCGGUUCAUGGAGGUGAGCGCGACCAAGCGUCGACAUACUGCUGCACCUGCGUCGUUCCAUGACAAAGAAGUCGAGGAGCAGGAACAAUCUCUUGAUCAAUAUGUCGUCGCUGGUGCGUGUAUUGUCCCUGAGUAUGAGUGUUAUUCGCACGCCUGUCACGAAUUGAAGCAGUUCAUCUCAAGUGGCCGAGACUACGUUCGUACUCUGGAGGAGAAUGUGGAAGAAGAGAACCCUCUGCUCUUCUCUGAGUAUCUAACAGCCCCGCCAGAUCAACGUGCGAUCAUGGAUAAUCAAUUCAAGAAUCUGAAGACCAAUGCCCGCCUUGAAACUCGCGGAGAGUGGUACACAUGGAGGACCAAUCUGCUUCGAGAUCUGAAGUCAAUGCUUUUGCCUACCCUGGACGAAUUUAAGCUAGACGAGUCAGUCAUACGAAACCAAGAGCUGCUCCUAGAGAAGAUUUUACCUCCUCUACAGCAGACGCAGGAGCGAUUGUCGAAGGAGUGCGGACAAUUGCAGCAGCGACAUGAUGAGUUAAACAAUUGCAAUCGUGAAGAGCUUGAACAGGUACGCGAGCGACUUGUUGCAGUAGAUACCGAGUUAGAAGAGAAACGCCAGCUUGUCGCUCGAAUGCAGCAAGAACUCGAGGAGAAAGAAGCGCGUAUCGAGGCAGUAAAGGAGCGCAAAGUCGAAUACGUGGCGGAGAUCAAGGCGGCUGAGCGUGUACGAGAGGAGUGUCGCGGAUGGUCGACUACUGAAGUCAGCGAACUGCAUGCUAAGGUAUGUGCCCUCGAGCAGAAGCACGGAUGGAGCAUCACUUCGGCUUCAGGAAGCACGAUCACCAUGACCUACAAGAACGACCUCGAACUCUACUUUCAGCCUUCCGCUUUCGCGACUGGCGCCGAUACCCCCAAUGCUUCGAUCUCGCUCACUUAUGUCGGCAAUUCGGCCACUCCUCAUCCGCGACCAUUGACCACCAGCAAGCGGUUCUUCCUCCAGCUCAUCCGCGCCCAUCUGCAUUGCAUUCCGCAAUCACAGACCCGUGUGAAAGACCUUCUCGACGUUAUCAAAAAUGGAUGGGCGACCGCAUCAGCCGUAGCGGAGGGCGUGCGGUGGCUGGAACACAGCUAUAUCACCGACGAGACCAUCCUAUCGGACGAGCGCAUGGCCGUGUCUUCAAACAUGCUCCUUCCUACAUUGCAGACGAAGGUCAGAGUCACCUUCGAGAUCGGCGUCAGCCUCGGGCCUGAAGGCGCGGAGACAGAAGUCACCGCCAAGGCCGAACUGGUCUACGGUGAGAAGUUCAAGACAGAGAAGAUGGGUACGUUCUUGGAGCACCACUGCGGCUCCAAGGUCAAGGAGGAGAAGGAGAUGUCGAUCUGGGCGGAUGCUUGCCUGGAUUUGGUCGAAAGGCUUAGAGCCACAGGACGUAAGGGAGAGAGGGUUUAGGAUCCCCGUUCCGAGUUUGCGCCAUCGCUUUAAUGAGUUACGAUUAUGAAUGUUUGAUGAUCGGCGUUAUUGUUGUGAGGAUAAUUCAGGCGCUGAAUUACUUUUGGAUAUUAUAACCAUGAACAUUCCCCG